ACCACAAAAGCCUCCAAAUCCCAUACACAGAAACAAAUCGCUUUCUUUCUCUUCUCCCUCGCUCUCUCUCUCUCUCUCUCUCCUCUUUUCAACGUGUCCAUUGCUGGAGCGCCUUUUUUCCAUCUUGACUCUCCUCCACAGGCACUUCCAAGCUCCAGCCAUGGCGGACCCCGAUCUGAUCAGUCCCUUGCUACCCGAGAGCGCUCUUCUCGAGCCGUUCGAUGAGCCCCAAGUCAUCAUCCCCGUCGACGAGGAGGAGGAGGAGGAGGAGGAGGAGGAGGAAGGGGGUUUCGAUCAAGACCGUUCAAGCCGAUCCACGAAGCAGAAUUGCCAGACCAGCGGUGCUCCUCCGGGAUUCGAGAGCCCGUUCGGGUUCCUCGGCGCCGAGGGGUUCGACGUCCCGGCCUCGACCACCGUCGACCCGUUCCGGAACCACACGCCGAGGGUUGAAGGGCUUUAUGAGUGGCUCAAAAUCGGGGUCUCCAUGCCUGUUGUGUUGGUCCGGCUCGUGCUGUUUGGGUUGGCUUUGUCGUUAGGUUACUUGGUCACCAAGCUGGCUCUUCAUGGUUGGAAGGAUAAGCAGAACCCUAUGCCUCAAUGGAGGUGCAGGCUGAUGUGGGUUACCCGGAUUUGUGCUCGCUGUAUCCUAUUUUCUUUUGGCUAUCAUUGGAUAAGACGUAAAGGAAAGCCUGCUGCAAGGGAAGUUGCUCCAAUUGUUGUAUCUAACCAUGUAUCAUAUAUAGAACCGAUUUUCUUCUUCUAUGAAUUAUUUCCCACUAUUGUUGCAUCUGAGUCCCAUGAUUCCAUACCUUUUGUUGGAACCAUUAUCAGAGCAAUGCAGGUUAUAUAUGUUAAUAGGUUCUCACCGUCAUCAAGGAAGCAUGCUGUUAAUGAAAUAAAGAGAAAGGCUUCUUCAAAUAGAUUUCCUCGUCUGCUUUUAUUUCCUGAGGGAACAACAACAAAUGGAAGACUCCUCAUUUCUUUCCAACUUGGUGCAUUUAUCCCUGGAUACCCUGUCCAGCCUGUGGUUGUUCGCUAUCCCCACGUCCACUUUGACCAAUCCUGGGGUAACAUAUCGUUGGGGAAGCUCAUGUUUAGAAUGUUCACACAGUUUCACAAUUUCAUGGAGGUGGAAUAUCUUCCUGUUAUUUCACCUCUUGAAAGUCAGAAGGAAAAUGCUGGCCAAUUUUCUCAGAGGACUAGCCAUGCCAUUGCCACUGCUCUUAAUGUUGUGCAAACAGCUCAUUCCUAUGGGGACUUCAUGCUUGUUAUGAAGGCUUCUGAGAAGCAGGAAAAUCCUGCUCUUUAUAUGGCUGAAAUGGCAAGCAUGAAAACGAUGUUCCAUUUGAGCAGUUUGGAAGCUGUGGACUUUCUAGAUAUAUUUCUUUCUAUGAAUCCGGAUCCCAGUGGAUGUGUUCAAAUCCAUGAUUUCUUGAGGGCUCUGAGAUUGAAGGCUUGCAGUCUUUCUGAAAAGAUAUUUUGGUUCCUUGAUGUGGAGAGGAAGGGUAAAAUAACAUUCAAGCAGUUCCUAGUUGGGUCAGCUCAUGUUCUGAAGCAACCAUUAUUUGGGCAAGCCUGUGGAUUAGCCUUUGCUGAGUGUCAGAUGAGUGGAAGCAAUUACAUAACUGAGCAAGAAUUGGGGGAUUCUAUUCGGCUCGUGAUUCCUAGCGUGGACCAGUUUGAGACCCAUGAGCUUUUCGAAUUGUUUGAUACUGAUGGUGACGGGUGGAUCAGCAAGGAUGAUUUCAUUGCCUGUUUAAGAAGAAAUCCACUGCUCAUAGCACUUUUCUUGCCCCGGUUAAUUUCCAAGAACUUGUCAGGAGGUGGUGGUGAUGGGAUGUGCCAAAGGGAAUCGAAUGAUGGAUCAGUCUAUAAAUGAAUCCCGCGUCUCCUGUAAACAUUCUGGCUCCUUCACAGGGGACUUUGGGUGAGGCACACUGGCAGUUUUGAGUGCAGUGUAGCUCUUGAGAACGCUUGGAAAUCUUAUGACAAAGUUUGGUUUUCUUGCUAAAGCAAUUUGCUUUUCUUUGUUGAAACUUGAAAGGUUUACAGGGUUACUCCUUUGCAUUAAGCUUGUGGUGCCUUGCAGGGUAGCUAACUGUAGAAACAAAGUUUUGUUGCAGAAAUGACAUUUUAAAAUGUUACAAGUGAAGUUUUGAUGUAGAAAUCACAUUUAUAAGGCUACAAGUGGUUGUAUGGAAAGUGCAGCAAUUUGGGUUA